UUGACAGUUCUAGCUCAUGAGGUUACACUGAUGCUAAUCUCACACGAAUGUCCAUUUUUCUUCACUCAGCUUCUUGUUUCUAAGACGGCAGCUAAAAUGAAAGGUAUUACUUUAUGUCUGCUAUGUCUCCUGUGCUCAGUGAUAAGUGUUAUGUCUUUCAUGAAAUCAGGGACUUCGCCCUCCUCGCCAAAUGAUGCUCUAAGAAACUGCAUGAAGAACGUUGGUUAUUACAGUAGAACUCCAAAUCGUUACCGCAACAAAUUCUCCAACUCUGUUUGGAAAUGGUGCUCGGUACAUAGAAAAGUGUUGCCAUGCGUAGAGAGGUCUUUAGAAAGUAACAGUCUGCGGAGUCCAUCGGAUUGGUUCUUUUCCAUGACGUUUGAUUCAACAAUGGCGAGAAGAACAUCAGUUGCCAUGUGCAACAAACUAAAAAAAUUUGGGAAGAAGUUAAAAUGCAUCAAGUCAUCUAGCUUAAAGCGCGCCAAAAGAUGUGUUAAAUCUUUGACCAUGCCACUCAGGCAAACAUUGACGGAAAUGUACUUACAAAACACGACGAAUGGUCAUGAUGCUCGGAGGUUGGCCUGCAUAAUAUCAGCUGCAACAGCGACAUGUUAUAAGGAAAAGAUACGUUCAUGCAGGGGUUACCUCCGGGAUUACAUAGGUGCCUAUCACGUGAUUCUAGGCGGGAAAUGUUUAUCUGUUCUAAAGACUUCUGACGAAUUUGUAGAUGAUUCAAUCAUUAUGCCAAGACAAGCAGACCGAAAUUGGGUGUCUAUAGUCCAAUCCAUUCUCAAAGAUGUGGGAAUUGAUCAUUUUCCCAAAAGUCUGUUAUCUGAAAUCCAAACAACAAGGCAUGUGUCAUCACAAGAAAUCCAAUCAACGACAACACUAUCACAAGAAAUCCCGUCAAUAAUGACGUCAUCACAAGAGAUCCAAUCAGCAACGUCAACACAGGAGAUCCAAUCAACGACAAGCACUUCAUCACAAGACAGCCAACCAAUGACAACUUCAUCUUCAAAAGAGUCUCAACCAAUGAUCACAUUUCCUCAAAAGAUCCAAUCACAGGCAACCAUAAUAUCAUCAGACAUCCAAUCAACAUUCACCGCGUCAUCAGAAGAGUUUCAAUCAAAUGCAAAUUCUACCUCAUUGCCAUCUACAAACUCUUUUGAAGAUGACGACAUGGACUUAAGCAAUAAUUCAAGAGCAGAUGAACAAACACCAACAUAUUUUAAAGAAAAAGAAAACACACAAACUACUACUGUUGCUGCAAACGGAAACAAUUCUGCAGAUUCAGAGCAGAAAAGUAAUGCCACGGAAAGUACUACAUCUAGUGAUGAAAUUUAUGCAGACAAUAGUGAGGAAAAAAUUAUAGUCAAUGAAUCUCCAAAUAACACAUUAUCUACAGAUUCCGGUGUUAAUGCAGUGAAUAUUUCAUUGACUCAAGCAUCUUCAUCGCUGAGAUCAUCGUCACCGACACUAUUUCUCUCCAGUCUGUUAACAGGAUCAUUAUUUUUGUCUGUGUUGUUUUUGUCCAGUGAUUGAACUUAUACCAUUAUUUUGUCUUUUAUCCAUAGAUCUCAUCAUAAUGUAAAUGAUGUAUACAUUGUCAAUAAAAGUUGUGAAAUAGUAAUUUAAGAUAGUUUGUACAUAUCCUAAUUACACUGUAUUUCUAUUUUGCUUUUAGGCUUUUAGGCAUUGAACUUUGCUAUACACAUAAAUACAUGUAGUAUAUCAAAUGUACCUUGAUCUGUUGCGGGAAU